AAAGUAAAAGUAGGCAUGCAGAAACAAAACCAGUUUCUGAUAAAUUUGAUAUUAGUAAGUUAAGGCCAUUGUUUGGGAGCAGAACAGGAAAAAGCCGGCAGUGUCACUGUAUUUAUAGAGGUGUCAGGACCGAGUGUCUCCACUCACUUGGAAAGACACUCUGGGCAGCGGACAACUUGCAAUAACGCAGAACAACUUACGCAGCAAUGGCUUUGGUUCUGCUCCACUGUAGGGAAAACAACAAGGCUCACAACACUGAUGAGAUCUCUGUGGACAGACUCAUAGUGAGGAGGGGGAAGCCCUUUCUCCUGACUCUCCAAAUGAAAACAGCUGACAUGUCAGCUCUCGACAAGCUGGAGUUCACUGUACAAACAGGUCUUCAGGCUUCUGAGGCUUUGAGGACCAAGGCGAUGUUCAGGAUCUCUCCUGCGGGGCUGGCGAAUAAUUUGUGGAAUGCCAGCAUCCAGGAGAAGACUGUCUCCUCUGUGACGCUGUCUGUCAGCAGCCCAGCCGAAGCCUGUAUCGGGGAGUAUUCUCUGAGAAUAAAGACUGCCUCUUCCUUCACUUGUGAUAACAAGUUUAUCCUGCUGUUUAAUCCUUGGUGUUCAGAUGAUUCAGUAUACAUACCCCAGGAGAGCGACAGACGGGAAUAUGUGAUGAAUGAACACGGUCUGCUGUACAUAGGAUCUAGCGAUUACAUCUUCCCCAAGACAUGGACCUUUGGACAGUUUGAACAGGACAUUGUGGACAUUUGCCUGAAACUCAUGGACAGGAACCUCAAGUGCUUGAGAAACAAGGAGGAGGACUUCUCUGCUCGAUGCAGCCCCAUCUACGUCAGCAGAGUGCUCUGUGCAAUGAUUAAUGCCCAAGAUGAUGGAGGGGUUUUACAUGGCAAAUGGUGUGGUGACUUCUCUGAUGGCACAUCACCAACAUCCUGGAACAACAGUGUGCAAAUCCUAAGGAAGUGGGCCAGGAACUACAACUCUGUGAAGUAUGGUCAGUGCUGGGUGUUUGCAGCGGUCCUGUGCACAGUUCUGAGGUGCGUGGGAAUCCCCUCUCGAGUGGUCACCAAUUUCCAGUCAGCCCACGACACGGACGGUAAUCUUGUCGUUGAUCAAUACCGCACAGAGAGAGGCCAUAUUCCUGAAAAAGAAGAAGACAGUAUAUGGAACUUCCAUGUGUGGGUGGAGGCCUGGAUGAGGCGCCCUGACCUUUCUGGAGAUUUCUAUGAUGGUUGGCAGGUGGUGGACCCCACACCCCAAGAAACAAGCAAUGGACUGUACUGCUGUGGACCAGCCCCAGUCAAAGCUGUGCUGGAAGGUCAUGUAGACGUCAAAUACGACGUUCCUUUUGUCUUUGCUGAAGUCAACGCUGAUAUUGUCACCUGGAUGAUUUUAUCCAACGGCUCUAAAAUAAUGCUUAAUUCAGACACAUGUGAAGUGGGGCAGAACAUAAGCACUAAAAUGGUUGGGAUGGACAAGAGAUCAGACAUCACAGCCAGCUACAAAUACACAGAGGGUACACAGAAGGAGAGGCAGGUGUACAAAGAAGCUGUGAAGAGAGGGACCAAGCCUUUGAGUAAUACGCCAAAUUCACCUCCUGGGUCUCGUAACCUACAGCUGAAGUUAGUAGAGGUUAGCAAGUCAAUCAACGGCAAGGACAUCAGCCAUAGUCUUGUUCUGAAAAACAGCACCCAGGCAUCCAAGAAGCUCCAAAUCCACGUGCUUGCUCAGGUCAUGCUCUACAAUGGUGUGCCUGGGGCAAUUAUCUGGACCAAAGAGCCAGAGACACUGCUACUUUCAAGCAAAGAGAUGAGCAUUCCCAUUCAGAUCGCCUACCCAUGUUACGCUACUCUCCUGGGGAGGAACACCAUCAGAGUGAGCGCUGUCGUCACAGAUCUGGAUAACGCUGGGGUCAGCUACUAUACAGAGAAAGACAUUGUACCAGAAAACCCCAAACUCAUCAUCACUACGAAGGGGAUGGCCUACCCGGGCUCCGAAAUGACAGCAGAGGUGGUGUUUGACAACCCCGUCUCCAUGGUACUGACAGACUGUGAGCUCACCGUUAGCGGCUCUGGAUUACUGGUGGACGUGCACGAGACCAACCUGCCUUCCAUCAAACCCAAUGGUCAGAUUCGAGUGCUAGUGCCCUUCAUGCCAUACAGAGCCGGUGCCAGGCAGCUGCAGGCCAACUUCAACUGCAACUUGUUCACGGACAUCAACACGAGCAUCACUGUUGACGUGAAACCUGCCAACCAAGCGUUUUCAAUUUAGCUCACAGUAGACUCAAACGUCAAGAACUGGUUAGAGCAAGUCGCCUACCAACUUGUGAUGCGCAUAUCAGAAACAAAUGUACUUUUUUCUCUUGUGGAUGAAGGGGUCCAAGGGGGCCGGGGAGAGGCACAUUCUUGGAUUGCUGUCAGUGUUUUAGGCCUCAGGCAUGAAAAAUGUGUAUGUAUGUGUCUUGUGCUGACCCAGAAACUGCUGAAACUGCCUGUUUGUGAAAAAAAUUGGAACCUCCUCUGCUAAAAGAACGGGACGUACUAUGUAGGCUGUUCAGUGCUGCAGAGAAAGCUAAUGGGAAAGCAGUCAGAAGUAUCAAAUGGAGACAAACAAGCUUAUGUUCUUAUGUGUUUGCAAUAUUUACAUAUAUUGAGGAUAAUAUGGUCUAAUGAAUAUGUUGUAAUGAAGCAGAUUAAUGCACCAAAUAUAUGGUGAGAUACGGGUAGUUUGAAGCAUUUCCUUUGUACGGGGAUUCAGUUCCAUGGAACAGGGAUACUCUUUCUUUCCUGUCAAUUCCAAGAUACCCGGUCUUCAUAAAAGACAUUUUUUCUUACUCAAGUCGUGUCAGGUAUAUGUAUGGUGCCGAACAGAAUUUAGAGAAAAGAAUGUGAGUCUAGGUAAUUUACUUCCACACUCUACAAAGAAGCAAAACCUACAAACUCCAUUGAUGAAAGGGACUGGAUAAUUCCUCUGUCAGAUUCACUGAUGUGUUAUUGCUUUACAAAAAGAUUAAAUAUGAGACACUUUGUGUAAUGACAAAUGAUGGUUGCCUUUUGUGUACUACAAAAUGAAAAGACACGUUUUUUUUAUAUAUUAGUGCUGUCAAACGAUUAAAAAUUUUACUCAGAUUAA